AGCAGAAUUAAGUUGAUAUAUAAGUUCGAGCAAGCUAUCUCCAACCGCAAGACCAAUGGCUUCCCGGCAAGUGCUGCUCUUGGCCAUCGUCUCCGCCGUCGCGUUGCUCCCGGCGAUGGUCUCUGCCACGGAUUACACCGUCGGCGAUGGCCAUGGCUGGACUCUCGAGUACCCUUCCACCAACUGGGCCGACGGCAAAUCAUUCCAAAUCGGCGACAAACUAGUGUUCACGUAUACUAAGGGCAAGCACACGGUGACGGAGGUGGACGGCGCAGCGUUCCACGCGUGCAACCGGCAGGGCAACACGUUGAUGACGUGGAACUCCGGCAACGACACGGUGGCGCUCGACAAGGCCGGCAAGAGGUGGUUCUUCUGCAACGUCGACAACCACUGCGAGCUGGGCAUGAAGCUCGUCGUCGACGUCGCCGACCCCAACGCGCCGGCGCCGGCGUCGCCGCCGCCGCCGCCGUCUUCGUCGUCGUCCGCCGGGCGGCUCAACUACAGGGCCCGCGGUGGCGCGGUCGCCGGCGCCGUGGCUGCGGCGGCGCUCGUGUGGUUCUAGCUAGGUAGUCGAUCGAUCGCUGGAUGUUGGCAGCUGCUUGAUUAUAUUAUAUCAUUUUGUCAUGUCACUUGGCUUAUCUAUAUAUGUCAUUUAAUUUGUCAUGUUACUUGUAAGUAUA